AAUAUGAUGAGUUGAGUAUCGCCCUUCCGUACUGGUUGGUACUGUUACUCGAAGUUCCUGUUGUGUAAAAAUUUCUCACCCGCUUUCUAAUUGCGACGGUCAUAUUUAUAUUCUGAGUUUUCUAUUACAUAUAAUUGAGCAUCUGCUUCUGAACAACAAGCAAUAAAUCUUUGUUCAAAAUAUUAUUUGAAACGAAGCGGUUUAAUCAACAAUCGAAGAAAUAAGUGAAUUUAUUCAAAAUGUCGGACCCUGAUGCUUUAAACAUAGAUCAUUUGAUUGCUAUGUUAUUGGAAGUACGAGGCGCAAGACCAGGAAAAAAUGUUCAACUUUCUGAAAACGAAAUUCGUGGCUUAUGCCUAAAAUCUCGGGAAAUUUUUCUUUCACAGCCAAUUUUAUUAGAAUUGGAGGCGCCGUUGAAAAUUUGUGGUGACAUCCAUGGUCAGUAUUACGACCUUUUACGUCUUUUCGAAUACGGAGGAUUUCCUCCAGAAUCAAACUAUUUGUUCCUUGGAGAUUACGUUGAUAGAGGAAAACAAUCGUUGGAAACAAUUUGCCUGCUUCUGGCCUAUAAAAUAAAAUAUCCUGAAAACUUUUUCCUUCUUAGAGGCAAUCAUGAGUGCGCCAGCAUUAACAGAAUAUAUGGGUUCUAUGACGAAUGCAAGAGACGCUACAACAUUAAAAUGUGGAAGACUUUCACUGAUUGUUUCAAUUGUUUACCAGUAGCUGCAAUUGUUGAUGAAAAAAUAUUUUGCUGUCAUGGCGGACUAAGUCCAGAUCUGCAGUCUAUGGAGCAAAUCCGGCGUAUUAUGAGGCCAACAGACGUGCCAGACCAAGGUUUAUUGUGUGACUUAUUAUGGUCUGACCCUGAUAAGGAUACUAACGGUUACGGCGAAAACGAUCGAGGUGUUAGUUUCACGUUUGGAGUUGAUAUUGUUGGUAAAUUUCUAAGCAAGCAUGAUUUUGACUUGAUAUGUCGGGCUCACCAAGUGGUUGAAGAUGGCUAUGAGUUCUUUGCUAAACGCCAACUGGUAACUCUAUUUUCGGCUCCUAAUUAUUGUGGCGAAUUUGAUAAUGCAGGAGCAAUGAUGUCCGUCGAUGACACACUCAUGUGUUCUUUCCAAAUCUUGAAACCUGCUGAUAAACGUAAGUUUCAAUAUGGUGGCAUAAAUUCGGGACGACCGGUCACUCCGCCACGAGGUUACAGCAAAAAUAAAAAAAAAUAAAUUAAGAAUAGUUGAGCAAAAGUAUAACAAACAUACACAUUUUCAAUAAAACGCAUUAUGACUUACAAAGAUUUUGAAACGCAUGAACAGAAAAUAAUGAAAUAUUGUUUUAAAUAACUACUUUAGACCAGGUAAACUUUAAGCUGUGCAGAAACAAGAAGCAGAAUAAUUUUCUUUUAAUUUGAGUAAACAGAUCCAGGCAACAAUAUCGAAGUGAACAAAAAACAAUUAAGCAGUUAAUGGAUAUCGCAUACGCUUUGUUACUCGCAGUAAUACUUCAAUGAGGUUUUUUAUUCAUAACUUUUGUUUUCUAUUCAAUUCACAUUUUGUCAUUGCUUGGUUUUAGAACACAAGUCUUUGCACGAAUAUUUGUUUCUACUUUUUUUACUAUUCUGCAAUUGAUUAGAUUUUAUUUUCAGUUUGAUUUCGAAUAAAUACUGAUAUUUGGUCCCUUGAAUACAAUCAAACUCACAUUAUUU